AUGAGCCAGAUCGCCAUCACCCCUGAGCUCGUCCGCAAGAUGGAGGACAGUCUCCUCGCCGACCCAGCCAUUGUUCAGGCCAAGAUUGUCGACAUUGCCGCCGCCGACGCGCCCCAGCAGGACCUCGUCGUGGCCAUCUGCCUCAGCCCGGACGUGCAGCAGCCCGACGAGUCAGCCCUGCGCGCCGCGCGCAAGGCGCUCGUCAAGAGGAUGCGCGACGACGGGGGACGCGCCGUCGUCCCCAGGAAGUGGUCGCGCCCCAGCGUCCUGCCCGUCGACCCGUCAGGCGCCGUGGACGAGGUCGCCCUGAGGCAGAGCCUGCUCAUGGAGGCGCACGCCGACGGGCCCCCUCCGACACCCACCUCCAAGGCCCCCGUGGAGUCUCUGGACGAGAAGAUUAUGCGCACCAUUGCCACGGCGGUCGGCACCUCUGUCGGCCAGCUCGUGCAGACGCGCGGCUUUGCACAGAACGGCGGCGACAGCUUCGCCGCCAUCCGCGUCUUCCAGGCGCUCAUGCGCGAGAACAUUUCGCUGCGCGUGCCGGACAUUAUGCGCGCAGAGAGCAUUGCCGAGCUGCCCGCGCUCGUCAUCUCGCGAUCGGGGCCAGCCCCGGUGCCAGCUCCGGCGGCGACGUCGGGGAUUCAAGUCUCGCAGGUGCACGAGGUGAUGCUGGCUGAGCCCGAGACCAACGGGGUUGCUGUGACCACUGUGGGCGGCGUAUAA